UAUAGGGGGGAGGGGGAGGGGGGAAGAAAAAAUUGAAAAAAAAAAAAAAAAAAAGGCAAGAACAAUUACUCGAGGUAAAAUAAAUAAAAAAUAGCUGAACUUUUCUAAUGAGAGCACUUCUCUGGACGCGGCUCCGCUAUAUCAGAUAGAUGAUUUGUCCACACGCCUGCACGUAUCAUGAACGCCCAGCUGUCCAUGGAGAACAUUGGAGAUCUGCACGGAGUGAGCCAUGAUUCGGUUCACAGCGCGGCGGAUCUGAUGACCGGAGACGGCGCUCAUCACAGGAGCCAUCGGAGCAGUCUGUCAGCCCAUGCGCGCUCCAUGGGCAUGGCGUCGAUCCUGGACAGCGGCGACUAUCAUCAUCACCACCGGCCCCCGGAGCACCCCGGGCUCUCCACCCACCUGCACCCGGCCAUGAGCAUGGCAUGCGAGGCUACCCCCGGGAUGAGCAUGAGCAGCACCUACACCACCCUCACCCCGCUGCAGCCCUUGCCCCCCAUUUCCACCGUGUCCGACAAAUUCCCCCAUCACCACCAUCAUCACCAUCACCACCAUCAUCACCCGCACCAAAGGCUCCCGGGCAACGUCAGCGGGAGCUUCACCUUGAUGAGGGACGAUAGGGGUCUGGCCCCGAUGAACAACCUCUACUCGCCCUACCACAAGGACAUGGCCAGCAUGGGGCAGAGCCUGUCGCCCCUUUCGGGGUCCGGACUGAGCGGCAUCCACAACUCCCAGCAGGGGCUGCCGCCCUACGCGCACCCCGGGGCGACUAUGCCCGCCGAGAAGAUGCUCACCCCCAACGGAUUCGAGGCGCACCACCCCGCCAUGCUGGCCCGACAUGGGGAGCAGCACAUGAGCGCGUCAUCGGCGAGCAUGGUGCAGAUCAACGGCAUCCACCAUCACCCUCACGGCCAUCUGAACGCCCAGGGCCACGGGCAGGUGCUGGGCUCCACGCGGGAGCAGAGCCACUCCUCCGCGCCGGGAUCGCAGCUCAACAACAGCAGCAAUUCGGGCCAGAUGGAAGAGGUCAAUACCAAAGAAGUGGCCCAAAGGAUCACCACGGAACUGAAAAGAUACAGCAUCCCCCAGGCCAUCUUCGCGCAGAGGGUGCUGUGCCGCUCGCAGGGGACGCUUUCGGACCUGCUCCGGAACCCUAAGCCCUGGAGCAAGCUUAAGUCCGGCCGGGAGACCUUUCGUAGGAUGUGGAAAUGGUUGCAGGAGCCUGAGUUCCAGAGAAUGUCCGCGCUCAGGCUCGCAGGUGAGAGAACAAUAGCGUGCAAGAGAAAGGAGCAGGAGCACGGUAAAGGUGAGCGGGGGAGCCUCUCCAAGAAACCCCGGCUGGUCUUCACUGAUGUCCAGCGUCGGACUUUACAUGCAAUAUUCAAAGAAAACAAGCGUCCGCCCAAAGAGUUACAAAUCACCAUCUCUCAGCAGCUGGGCCUGGAGCUCACCACUGUCAGCAACUUCUUCAUGAACGCGCGUCGACGGAGCCUCGAUAAGUGGCUGGAUGACGGCAGCUCCAACUCAGCCAACUCCUCCUCCUCCAGCACUUGUACCAAAGCAUGAUGGAGUAACGGCUGCAUAAUGGGAAAAAACUUCGGUGGAAAAGCUUUAAACAAAGAAAACUUAACAAAAGACAAUUUUAGACAGCGAUUUGCCCUUAAAACUUGUACAUUACCGAUAUUUAUAAUAUCCAAAGAAAACACCAAAGACUGCUUUGACCGCCAUUUUGGACUUUGUUCGUUCGUUUAUGUCUGACAUACUACAACAAAGAGCAAUUACACUCCAAUCACUGGUCAUGCGCCCAUCUUAACACACUUGCUUUUUUUUUUUAUAUGAACGGUUGCUUUCAAGGACUUUUUCUCGUCAAUGAUUGAACAUUAUCUCAAACCUGGAGUGAUUGUAAUGAACGCUGAUGUCAGAUUCUGUGACCACUGUCUGAAAACUUGACCCGCGAGUGUAAUGCCUGACGUCACAUGCUCAUCUGUGCGUUUUCAGACACCAAACAUAAUCAGGUGGUGUAGAAUCUAGACAAUGGUUGGCCUCAAUUUCAUCCUCAGGGUAGUGCUUUCUUCCUAAUUGUUGGAAAAGUUACAUAAGAGCCCAAAAAUACAUGUGCACUUGCCAUCUUCACCUCUUAUCAAUCACAGAUGGUAAAACCAAAGACACACAUGUAUUUUGUUAUUUAAAUCAGGCCAAACUAUGUUGAUUCCCUCUCAUCAGGGCCCCUUUGACUGUUUAAAUCAGGUGACUCAGUAAACGUAUAAUCCAAUCUGGUCAUAUAAACAGUAAGUACUUUAGCCAUUCAACUUUAGUCAUCUCCUAAUUGUUCUAAAACAAAUAUGCCUCUGUGAGGACACAGCUCUGCCCGCAACCCAUUCCUGCCUCAGCCCUUUCUUGUGAUUAUUUCAAGGAGAUUUUUGCUAGCUUUAACCUGCCUUUUUUACCUGUACAAUAUUUUAAAUUUUUCAAAGCCAGUGGCUGAAAACCAAAGAUGAAUUUAUACUUACUAGCACCUGUCACCCUUUCGUAUCCAUGUCCAUCAAAAAAAACAAAAAAAAAAAACACAUAUUAUUUGAAUGGGUUUGCCAAAGAUACUAAUGCAUGACAUAACUAAACACUUGGAUUUGUCAUUUAUCACAGCUGUUAGUUAUGUCUUGAGCACAAUUCUAUGAACAUUAAAGGUGCUGUAAGCAGUGUUGGGUGUAAUUUGAUAACAAAGUAAUUCCUUAUGGAAUCUAGUUGCUUUUAGUCAGAAAGUAGUGGAACACAUUACAUUUAAAAAAAUAUUUAAUCAGAUUACAGUUACUGACUUUCAAAGAAGGUAAUUACUUGGGUAACAAUAUUAUUUAUGUAUAAUACAUUUAAAAUAUUAAUUCAUAUGUUCAUAUGUACAUCUGUUUGCAUUAUGUGAGCUGAAGGGUGUACGACAACGAACAAGAAAUAUCGACACUAUUUUGAAGUCAUUGAUUGGAAAAGCAAAAACACUUCUGGGAAAAGUGUUUUAGAAUGUAACAAAAGUAAUUAGUAAUGUGAUUACUUUUAGAUGAAGUAAUCUGUGAAAGUAAUCUGAUUACAUUUUUAGGAAAGUAAGUAGUAAUUUAUAGUGGGUUACCUAGUCAUUUAUUCAACACGUUCAUGGCUGGGUCAAGGGGUGGGGUGGGGGUGCAUUGACGUCCCUCAGAAACUUCUGACAUCUGCCCCCCCCCCCCCCCCCCACCGCUAGGCAACAAGCAAUUUUAGCAGAUUUGCUACCUUCCGCCAAACUUAAUUAGAUGCCGCCAAAUUGGACCGCCUCCUUGGGUUCGACCACGCCCCCUCUCUCCGAAACCCCGCCUUCAAAACACAUGUCAGCAAACCUUGAUGCUUACAGUACCUUAUAAAUGUCACAUUUAGAGGAAGCCGGUUGAAUUUCAGAUUGUUUUGUCUUGGAUUCGGUUUGAAUUGUUUCACAGCAUAUAUUUUCGAUUGCAUAUUACCAAGUUUCUCACCAUGAGCUGCUCAUUUACUUCUCCUUCAAUGUUAAUGGACAGAAAACAGCUUGAAUGACUUGUCACUGUCAGCAUGGUCUCUUAAAAACAUAAGCCAAAGGCCAUCAUAUGAGAAAGUCUAUUUCUUUGCAUAAUGUAUAAUUUUCACUGUAGUGUCCCCAUCUAGGCCCCAAACCCUGUUCGAUAGAAGGGAAGCACAUUCUAUGCAUUUCACAACUAGGAAGAAAGCAUUAUAGAGAAUGUGAUCCUGAAGCAGGAUAAUGCGUUCGUUUCAUAGACACUCACUCAGACUCACAAGAUAUCUGGCCUUGUUGUCUCUUGUGGUGUGGUUUAGCUUUAAAACAUAUAUUUGGUAUUUACGACUAUUACAACAUCGAAGCAUAUAUAAAAGAGCGCUGCUUCCUCGUGUAGAAAAGAAGGAAAAAAAUUUACAAAAACAUGUUAAGACCUGCUGAUAUUUAUAGUGUGAACCAAAGAUGCUACCUCAGUCCGUUUCCAUUCGUGAUUUCUAUCAAAGUAAUGAUACCAAAGAAUACCAAAGAUUUGUUCUCUUUGCACGGCCUAAAUGAAUGAAAUGGUGGAUGAAUAGAUGGCGUGUUUUCCAGCCCCCCAUUCCCUUUCCCUCUCUCCUCCUCUCCUUCGCUCUCUCUAGAACUCAUCUGUGCUCGUAUAACAACGCCCUCGGCAGACAUGUGUUAAAUUCACAGGACGAGUGCCUUGCUUGAACCAAAGUGUUAAACCGCCGUUGACCUCUCAACUCCCACCUUUUAACUCUCUGAAUACCUCAGCCUGUGGAAGGGCCACUGACGAAGAAAACAAGGAGUUUUUCUUCUCUCUCACCGUGGUGCUUUUGCCAGCACGACCAUACAAUGAAAACAGACCAAAGGAAUUUCUCUUGCUUUGACCACUUCUUUUGCUGACAAACCAAAGCUCCACCCCACCAAAUCUGCCACCUCUAGCCCCGCCCUCUCAUCAUAUGUGGGUGUGUCCACCGAUUAGGCCGUGCAUGUCUUUACCGAUAUCUCGGAAUACCUCAUAUUAAUACAUUUUCACAGUUCUGUUGUAUAGAGAGUUUAUGUGAUUAAGGCAGAACUGAACUAGUUUGG